AUCCUUUGGCUUUGAAAAUGUACUAAAAUACUGCAUAAGAAUUACAUGUGAAAGAUGCUAAAAAAUAAAGUAUGAAAAAAUUUUAUUAUCACUGUAGUCCCUCAGUUAAUGGUGCCGCCAAGAGCUAGGUGCAGUUAAUGUUUACCUACAUUCAGCUGAACCGCAUUAAGACUGAAACUCCCCUGCUUACCACACCUUUUGGGCACUAGAGGCUGUGACAUCACAGUCUGCAUGGCCCCAACUAAAAUACCAAUAAGAAGAUUGUGUUUACACGUCAGCAGGAUUGGUACAAUCUUGUCUUUCAAUACCCUCAACCGAACCAUUACGUUCUGGCUUUCAAGGCCCGCAACCUUACCAAGAUUUGACUCCAGAAAUCCAACCAGCUCCACUGUAUCUAGUCUGAAACACUCCCUGUAUACCACACCUUUGGGACGCCAGGCUGUGAUGUCACGGCCAUCACAGCCUCAACAAAACCCCAAAAAGAACAAGUAAGCUGCUAGCAUAAAUUAAACUUUUAAAUGCUGAGUAUUGGUAUCUAAUAGUGAUCUAAAUGCACGUGAGAGUCUUCAAAUGUCGCUUGAAUUCCUUGACUUCAUAUCGAUAGCCUAAAUCUGUUAAUUUUUGUUUUUUUCUAUUUCAAUACAUGCCAGAACUGGGUGCGUCUUAUGAGCCCGUGCGUCUUAUGAGCCAUCAAAUACGGUAGUUCCUUGCACUCUGCUGCUUUGACUGGCCACUACUGCAUGAGCCUGUCUUCACUCCCUGACAUCUCAGUCACUUGAUUCAAAUGUCUGAUUAAUUAGUUAUAAUAAAUCAAUUGGAAGUUUGUUUGGAUAAGAGACUGUGGGCCUGUGUAGCCAUGGAAGAUAUUGACUAUUGAAAUCUUGAGAACACUGUGUUGAAAUCUGUCACAUUAUUCACAGAGCCAGGGAGUGAUGCUGCUAAGACCUUCACUGUCUAUCCAGAGGGAUCCGCAGGUGCUGGUGGUGGAAUCUUGCUUGGACAGUGUGGAUGGCAAGCAGUCAGGGUUCCAGUCAAAGGUGGUGGUGAUCCAUGGCCAGGACACCAGGGAGGAUGCACUGCAGCUUGCAUCUCAGCUGAGGAAUCCCAUGGAGGGCAACAGAUUGUAUGUGUUGCUUCUGCAAGAGUCUAAGAAGAACACACAAGUUAAGAGCAGCCUGAGGUGUGAUCCAUGGAACAGCAUCCACAAGUGGUUCAUCAAGGUUGACGCUGUGCUGCCGGUACUGUCGCCUCAGCUUCUGCGUCAGAUUCAGAACAGAGACUUCAGCAGAGAGAGUGAGUGGGAGAAACGCUACAACUGCUUUGCCCACUCGAUGAUGCUAGACCAGCAUGUGGAGUACGGGAGCAAGAAUGGGUUCUGCCGUGCCGUUUGUCCUGCCAGAUUCCCGGAGGAGCGGUGCCUGAGAAGCGAUGCCUUCACCCACGCAGUUUUCACCACGAUGGAGGAGUGCCCACACUUCCAGGACCUUACUGUUAAGAGGUUCCUGAAGACCCUACUUGAGCACAACCGCCGAGACAUUCUCUCCAAGCUGGAGAAGUUUGUGCGCCUGAAGCCAGGGAGUGAUGCUGCUAAGACCUUCACUGUCUAUCCAGAGGGAUCCGCAGGUGCUGGUGGUGGAAUCUUGCUUGGACAGUGUGCCUGUAACACACAGGCACAUUUCUCCAAAAGGUUGACGCUGUGCUGCCGGUACUGUCGCCUCAGCUUCUGCGUCAGAUUCAGAACAGAGACUUCAGCAGAGAGAGUGAGUGGGAGAAACGCUACAACCGCUUUGCCCACUCGAUGAUGCUAGACCAGCAUGUGGAGUACGGGAGCAAGAAUGGGUUCUGCCGUGCCGUUUGUCCUGCCAGAUUCCCGGAGGAGACACACUUCAGUCACAAGAUGAAUGCAGUCAGCUACAGCAUGACAUAGACAAGCUAUAGACAGUUGAGAGAGGAAGAAGUCAGUGGCACCCUCACCUCAGACAAGACAAAGCUAACAAUUGAUAAUGAAAGACCAGCAGCAGCAGCAGCACACACAAGAGGUGUUUUCUGUAUGAUGAUAAUCAUCUCUGAAAGGAUGUUAUAAGCAGGGCAACGUAAUGAAACUCAGUGAAUGGACGUGUGUGCGUGGCUGCAAUCACUAUGAAAUUAAGUUGAAAAUAAGAAAUAUAUUACUUUACAGAAAGGAAUGCUUAGAGUGAAUGAAAUUACUGUAAUGAAUGAAUGGAAAUAAAGUUGUGAGUCAUUAAAUGAUUAGGAAAAGAAGCUGUGAAUAGGUGCAUUAUUGUUAUUACUGAAAGGAAGAAUAUUUGUAGGAUAUGUCAUGUAUAUUAUCAAAGUGUUUUCAUUCUUACUUUCUUCUUUCUCUUUCAUCUUUUCUUAGUAUAUUUAAGUGAAUUUCUCUCUCUCUCUCUCUCUCUCUCUCUCUCUCUCUCUCUCUCUCUCUCUCUCUCUCUCUCUCUCUCUCUCUC